GCGGAUGGCGGCUCGUUGCCCCUGAGAGCCUGGCAGGUAGUGAUGUGGCUUAGGUCCGCCGCGGAGCGAUCUGCGUUACGACAAAGAGAUGCGGGAUUGUCGUAGAGAAGCCGCUGCCGAAAGCGCCUGUCGUAAUUGUUUAGACAAAGGCAUGCGAAGUGAAAUAUUACUUCGUAGAUACAUAUUUCUUAAAAUACGAGUUGCUUAACCGCUAGAACAUAAGUGGAUUUUUUUAGGCUACUCGCGUGGGAAAUGGAGAAGAAAAGGUGGGAUUGCUCUGCUCUCCCCAAGGGCUGGAAAAUGGAAGAAGUGACCAGAAAGUCGGGUUUGUCAGCUGGAAAAAGCGAUGUCUAUUAUUUUAGUCCCUCCGGGAAGAAGUUCCGGAGUAAACCUCAACUGGCCCGUUACCUUGGUAACCAGAUGGACCUCAGCUCGUUUGACUUCCGCACAGGGAAGAUGCUAAUGAGCAAGCUCAACAAGAACCGCCAGAGACUACGCUAUGACAACAACAGCCAGAAUAAGGGCAAGCCUGACUUGAACACGUCGCUCCCAGUCCGACAGACGGCGUCCAUCUUUAAGCAGCCGGUUACCAAGGUUACCAAUCACCCUAGCAACAAAGUCAAAACAGACCCGCAGAAGGCUGUUGACCAGCCCAGACAGCUGUUCUGGGAGAAGAAGCUGAGCGGGCUGAAUGCAUACGACGUAGCGGAGGAGCUGGUUAAGACCAUGGAGCUGCCUAAGGGCCUACAAGGGGUGGGUCCCGGCUGCACCGACAAGACCCUCCUGUCCGCCAUCGCCAGCGCGCUGCACACCAGCGCGGCACCCAUCACGGGCCAGCUGUCUGCGGCCGUGGAGAAGAACCCCGGGGUGUGGCUCAACACCUCCCAGCCCCUCUGCAAGGCCUUCAUCGUCACGGACGAGGACAUCAGGAAACAGGAGGAGCUGGUGUACAGCGUAAGGAAGCGGCUGGAGGAGGCGCUCAUGGCCGACAUGCUGGCCCACGUCGAGGAGGCGGGCAGCGACGGGGAGUCCCCCAAGGAGGAGGGCAGUGCCGGGGAGGAGACGGAGGCCGUAUAGCCGAGGGUUUUGUGAAGACUGGUUUAGGGUUGAUCCAUAUCCUGCCCACGCACGGCCAAAGUAACAGAACCCCCCCCCCAGAACUGUCCCCCUCUCUCCACUCACCUGACCCUUUUGUCACCGGUGCCACCCAGAGCCUCACCCCCCAAUAGUUUGGUGAAGGGGCCACUGCCAAGAGCCCUCCACUCCACCGGUCCGGUCCAGACCCAUGACACGAUGGAUUGAGGUGUUCAGAGGACUUUUAAUCCUUUUUAAAUAAUAAUUAUGAUUUCACCCACUGACUUUCCGAGAUCUCAAAAGAAUAGUGUACAGCUCAACAAAUUCCGUGUUCAUUGACGAUAAUGUAUUUUUUACCGAAAGGCAUUGUAUGGGUUAUGUUUUUUGCGACAAUCAUGUCUAGCCCCGGUCUUUAUUGUACAUUUAAAAAAACAAAAAUACACAUUGGAAAUUUCAAGAUGCCUUUUUUUGCAAAUUGGAAAUGAAUGUUUGAAACAUCUCUGUUGCGUUUAACAUUGCACUCCCGUAAAAGUGCAGCACAUCUUGUUACAGCGGAACUAUUUAGAGUGACUACAAUUGGAGCAAUGUAAGUGUCGUCAAAAAGAUUCUGGGCCUAAAAUGAUUUUGUAAAAUGGCAGAACUUAAUGGUGUUAUAUUUCAGAAAUAUAUUUUAGGGUUUGUCUGUGUUGUGUGUGUGCGUGUGUGUGUGAUUGUGUGUGUGAGAUUGUGUGUUAGUAUUUUUUUCAAGUACAUAUUAUGAUUUAUCGGAUUCCUUCUAUCAGUGUUGACCAAAGAGGAGCCAAGUAGUUUUGAGGACGGUCAAAUGUGUAUAUUUUAUUUUAUAGCCAUUGUCAUUUAUAUUGCUAUUUAUCCAUUAAAGAUCAUGUCAUCACCAUCAAUUCAAUCGAGAGAAGGAUGUCGAAGAAUUGACUUGAAAGCUCUUUCUGUGGUUCUGCUGUUAGAUUGAUCUGUUUUGACAUCAGGCAGCUUCUUGAGUGUGUGUGUGUGUUGAGAACAUGGCUUUUCCCUUAAAAGUUAGUUUCUUCACCCACUUUCCACUUACGGUCAUUUCUGGCUCACACACACACGGAAGGUCUCGUAUUUAUCUUACAAACAUAAUUGACAAUGCAAACUUAAUGGUCCCUCCUCUGUUUUUGGAAAUGACUAUCGGUGUAUAUUCAGCUUGAACAUUUCAAAUGGUACAAAAAGUUUUAUGAUGAAUGAUUUGUCCAAAAAAUUAUGAAUGGCCCUUUUUUUUUAUUAUCAACAAUCUGAUUUAUGAAAUCGAUUUGAUUGUGUUGCUUAUUAAAAUGAGUUUUUUCAACGGGA